AUGCCUGGCGGGGAUAGAGAAACAGACUUAACCGAGCGAGUCGAGGCAUUUUUAUCCGACUUGAAGCGAGGCGGGAGCGGCACCGGACCACUACGGGGCUCGGCGGAAACAGCCCGAGAAACGACGUCCUUGCUCCGCAGGAUCACGUCGCAGGCUCGGUGGAGUAGCGCAGGCGACUUAAUGGAAAUCAUCCGUAAGGAGGGCCGACGAAUGGUUGCUGCCCAACCAUCAGAAACCACCGUCGGGAACAUGAUCAGACGUGUGCUGAAGAUUAUAAGGGAGGAGUAUGCAAGGUCUCGGGGUAGUAGUGAGGAGUUGGAUCAGCAGGAAUCUCUUCACAAACUGCUGACGACGGGAGCGCUCAGCGAGGAGAACUUUCGCCAGCAUUUCGCGCCACUCAAAGCUAACGUUAUCGAAGCUAUCAAUGAGCUUUUAACGGAACUCGACGGGACGACCGACAACAUCUCCAUGCAAGCGCUGGAGCACAUCCACUCCAACGAGGUCAUCAUGACCAUCGGCCGCUCUCGCACCGUGGAGGCCUUCCUCAAAGACGCGGCGCGUAAACGCAAAUUUCACGUCAUCGUCGCCGAGUGCGCACCGUUUUGCCAGGGUCACAAGAUGGCCACCAGUUUAUCCGAAGCCGGCAUCGAAACGACGGUGAUCGCCGACGCCGCCAUCUUUGCGGUCAUCUCCCGUGUGAAUAAAGUCAUCAUCGGGACGCAGACGGUCCUGGCCAACGGGGGCCUGAGGGCCGUCAACGGGACGCACACGUUAGCCCUGGCGGCCAAGCACCACUCCACGCCGCUCAUCGUUUGCACGCCCAUGUUCAAGCUCUCACCUCAGUUCCCCAAUGAAGAAAACACCUUCCAUAAGUUUGUCUCACCCCACGAAGUGCUUCCGUUCACUGAAGGCGAGAUCCUGUCCAAGGUGAACGUCCACUGUCCCGUCUUCGACUACGUUCCGCCGGAGCUCAUCACGCUCUUCAUCUCAAACUUCGGAGGACACGCCCCCUCGUACAUCUACCGCCUUAUGAGCGAGUUGUACCACCCGGAGGAUCAUGAAUUGUAA